AUGCUGAUCCACCAGCUAGUCCUCUUCUCCCUUGCUGCACUUGCUGCUUCUGCGCCUGUCUCAGAAGAAAAGCGCAGUGGCAUUCUAGAUGGCUACGAGUCAGCCGGCGAUAUGGACUUCCCCAACGCCCCCGAGAACGAGCCCACCAAAGAGGCAGACAGGAUGUUUAACGGAAUUUGGAUACCCCAUACCAUAGAGUGGAAAAUCCCACCUCAUAUACGCUCUGACUCUGAAACGGACUUGUCAGCCGGAGGCGCCGAGGAAACUGGGGACGAUGUCGAGGACCAGUGA